ACGUACAACGAGGAAGACAUCUACAGCUGUUACAUGAGUAGAGUCUUCUAUGUUCCAAAUACCACCGUAAUUGAGGACCUCAUGAAUAACACAAGAAAAAUAAUUUUAGAUAAAUUCAGAUAUGCACAUUUUCCCCUAAAAGGAUUUGCAAAUGAAGAAGACAUGAUAAAUUAUAUACAACGGUCUCACAAGCCCGGUCAUUACAAUUACUACUUGGACGCGGGAAUUGUAUUUGUUCCGCGCCCAUUGUACAUGUCCGAUCUUCCAAAGGACAUUACGUAUUCUUUACGUAUGAGCGGACAAUGGGACACAAAGGAUCAGUACGCUGACAAAUCAUUUAAUCCUGGACCGGCGAAUGAAUGGUACAAUGUGUACAAAAUGGGCUUUCUAUGUCUAAAGUAUAGUCUUGAUACUGCUAUUAUGGAAUAUAUCAAUUCCUCAAUCAGUCUACCAGAUAUUAAGAUUCAACGAAUGCCGUAUCCACCAUAUGUAAGAAACCCUUUGGCAAAUUUCGUAAGAAUCACUAUUGCCAUCACCACUGUCGUUGGUCUUAUUCUAUCUUCACUCCAACUGACAAAGGAAAUCGUCCAUGAUCGAGAGAAGAAACUGAAAGAAACCAUGAGGAUGAUGGGUCUGAGUUCCUUUGUUUACUGGUUCUCCUGGUUUUUUAAAGGAUUCAUCUAUCUGAUCAUCACCUUCGCCAUCACUGUUCUCAUCUUUCAGGCUGGACCUAAUAAGAUGUUCCAAUUCUCGGACUCCUCUUUACUUUUCUUCUUCUAUCUGUCCUAUGCAGUAUCCGUGGUUUCCUACUGCUUUUUGUUCAGCACGUUUUUUGACAAAGCAAACACUGCCUCUUAUUUUGCCGGAUUUUUCUUUUUUGUCACAAUCAUACCAAAUUUUGCGCUGGAUGCAAAGUUUUCGGACAUGACGAAGCCCCAGAAGAUGGCAAUAUGCCUGUUGAACAAUAUGGCAAUGGCAUUUGGCUUUACAUCGGCAUCAGAAUAUGAAACAAAAGGUACGGGGGUUAAUUGGAAUACUUUCACCAAACCCCCGACGGUGGACGGAGAUUUCGCCUUCGGUGACGCCAUCUUGAUGCUCUGGGUAGAUAGUGCCAUCUAUCUUUUGAUCACGUGGUACAUAGACGGAGUCAGACCUGGAGAAUACGGAGUUCCGCAACCAUUUUAUUUUCCAUUUACGAAAACUUACUGGAUUGGUGGUAAGCAGAUUCCCAAGACAUCUCAGGAAGAUGUUGAUCAGGAUCCAAAAUAUUUUGAGAAAGAGCCAUCAGGUCGUAAAAUUGGAAUAAGCAUGAGGCAUUUAGAAAAGGUGUACACAACUGGUAUUAAAGAAACUGUUGCUGUCAAGGAUAUGUCUCUUGAUAUAUUUCAAGGACAGAUAACUGCCUUGCUUGGACAUAAUGGCGCAGGAAAAACAACAGCGAUGUCAAUGUUAACAGGAUUUAUUCCAUCAACUUCCGGUUCUGCAAGAGUGAACGGAUAUGACAUAAAUGAUGACAUCAGUAGUGUGCGGGGAAGUCUUGGAAUGUGUCCUCAGCAUGAUAUUUUGUUUGACACGCUAACUGUAAAGGAACACCUAGAAUUUUAUUACAAACUCAAAGGAUGCAAUAAAUCCAAAAUGAAAGAAGAUAUCAGGAACACACUACGCAUUUUCAAGAUUGAGGAGAAACGAACUGAUCUUGCAAGAAACUUAUCUGGAGGACAAAAAAGGAAAUUAUCGGUAGCCAUAUCAUUGGUUGGAGGCUCAAAGGUAAUCAUAUUAGACGAACCUACCUCAGGCAUGGAUCCCGGUGCACGGCGCCAAUUGUGGGAUAUCCUUCAGAAAUUUAAAGAGGACCGAACUAUUGUUCUGUCUACGCAUUUCAUGGAUGAAGCUGAUGUUCUUGGUGACCGUAUUGCUAUCAUGGCCGACGGAGUUGUCAAGUGCUGUGGUUCUUCAUUGUUCCUUAAAAAGCUUUAUGGAGCCGGAUAUCACUUAGUGAUGGUCAAAGAACCAAGUUGCGAUGCGACCAAAUUAUUAGAAACAAUAAGAAGCCGUAUUUCGUCUGCGUCUUUGGAAAGCAGUGUUGGGGCGGAGUUGUCUUUUCUUCUUCCCACAGAAGAGCUACCGUCCUUUGCAGACCUAUUCACAGAUCUUGAGGAAAAUGCUUCAAGACUUGGGAUAAGUGGCUUUGGAAUUUCUGCGACAACAAUGGAAGAAGUAUUUUUGAAAGUGAAAGAAAAUACAGAAGUUAACACGACCUAUAAAGAAGAGAUUACGGACGAAAAGCAUGCCCUUCUCCAGGCUCCUGGGGGAUCGUCCCCUCGGUCAUACACCACAGAAAUAAGUGAUGUGCUGGAUUUUAACAUGGGACUCGAAAAGAACACUGGAAGUACAGCCAUAUUCCAACAAUUUCUGGGAUUAUUGAUGAAGAAAGCAUUACAUACCUGGCGAAGCCGAUUUAUGAUGAUAAUUCAACUUGCUGUUCCUAUAUUACUGACAGUAUUCGGACUUUUGGGUGAUCAUUUGCUGAACAAUCUAACGCAGCAAUCGCAGCCUCCUUUAAAAUUAGAUUUAGAACCUUUUCCAAAUGCCCUAACCACUGUGACUCAAGGACCAAACUCCACAUUCUUUUCAGAAAAUAUGACAGAAGAGUAUGAGAACUAUUUCAGAAAACUGGGUCUAGAGGUUGUGGAGUAUGAACCCAGGUCUCCUUCAGAGUUUAACAUUAACAAAUUUUGGCUGGAUCAUAAUCAGCGGAUUGGGCAAAGACCUUUUAAUUCGCGAUAUGUCAUUGGAUUUGGAUUGAAUAAAAGCCACAUUAUUAGUUACUAUAACGGUGAAGAUCGUCAUGCAAUUGGAAUUAGUUUGUCCUACACGAUAGAUUUUCUUUUUAAAUUCUACUAUGGUCACUCUAGAAGCAUACAGACUAUAAAUCACCCAUUUCCACCCAUAGAGGAUAACUAUCAUUCAGACCAGGGAUCGGGUUUGGCAUCUUUUAAAGGUCUCACCAUUGCUUUGUGUGUUUUAUUUGGUUUGUCCUGUUUAGUAGCUUCCUUUGGCGUGUUUCAUAUCAAAGAGAAGUCCUCUGGGGCCAAACAUUUACAAAAGGUGAGUGGGGUCGGCUCCACCGUCUUCUGGUCGGCCAAUUUUACAUGGGAUUUCAUCCAUUACCUGAUUCCAAUAUUUCUUAUCCUGCUUUGUUUUACUGGGUUCAAAAUUCCACCAUAUACAGAAGAAAAUAGACUGGGAAUUGUGUUCCUGAGUCUGUUCCUGUUUGGUUUAGCUUCAAUUGCAUGGACCUAUCUCUUACAUUUCAUCUUCCGAUCGCCUGCAGGUGGAACAGUAGCUAUGAUAAUAAUCAACACGGUAGCAGGUUUGUUUACCUUGCUGAUGGUCACAUUCCUGCAUCUAAGUCCAGAGACCAAAAGUGCUUCCGACGCGAUGGAUAAAGUCUUCAUGAUAAUUUUGCCUCAUUUCUGUUUGGGCAAAACAUUUACGAAUAUCUAUGUGCGAUACGAUCUUCGAUUACAAUGCCAUAAAGAUUUAAAUCAAAAUAUUACACAAACCUUCUUGACUAAUGAAGAAAAGUGUCCCAAUGACAAUUAUUUGGAGUGGGACUACCCCGGAUGUGGUCGAUACCUGUUGAUGAUGUCAAUACAGUGGGUUGCCUUUAUGACUUUAGUGUUUCUCUUGGACAGCGGAGUAAUACAGCGUUUUGUCUACCGAACUCUGUGUAGUCCAAACGGCGGAGCUACAGACUCUGAUAAUGAUCCCAGCAUUAAUCCGGAUUCGGACGUUUUAGAAGAAGCAAUGAGAAUACACUUAACUCAAAUAGGCGACCUGAUGACAACUGACAAACUUAUAAUCAAAAACCUAAAGAAAACGUAUGGCGUAGUCGAACAUUUUCAUGCAGUAAAGGGAAUAAGCGUAGGAAUUUCUGAACAAGAAUGCUUUGGAUUGUUGGGUCAAAAUGGCGCAGGGAGAACGACAACAUUUAAGAUGCUGACAGGCGAUGUAAUGAGCUCUAGUGGGCAUGCGUACAUCAAUAGUUUAAGUGUUGAUAGUCAGAUACAGCAGGUCCAUCGUUGUCUUGGAUACUGCCCCCAGUUUGACGCAUUGAUUGACACUUUAACAGGAAGGGAGAUUUUAAGACUUUACGCCAGAAUGAGGGGGAUUAACGAGAAGGAGAUCAGUCGCGUCAUUAAUGACCUAUUGGACGCAGUGACGCUCACAAAAUAUGCAGACAAACUGUGUGGGACAUACAGUGGUGGAAACAAAAGGAAAUUGAGUACUGCCAUUGCAUUGAUUGGAGAUCCUCCAAUCCUGAUGCUGGAUGAACCGACGACGGGCGUGGAUCCAGCCGCGCGAAGGCAAAUGUGGAAUGUACUUUCGAAGGUCCGAGCCAGUGGAAGAACGCUUGUUUUAACGUCUCACAGCAUGGAAGAGUGUGAUGCCCUUUGUACCAAAAUAGUCAUUAUGGUUAACGGAAGAUUCGUGUGUUUUGGUAGUCCCCAACACCUAAAGAACAAAUUUGCACAAGGUUACACCUUGACGGUGAGACUAGAACGUGACAAUAACGGAAACGCAGUGGAUUCUGGUCCGUUAUGUAAUCAUAUAAGUAGAGAGUUUCCAGGAACCGAAGUUUUCGAUGAUCAACAAGGCUAUCUCGAUAUUCACAUUCCACAUCAAAAAUUAUCAUUAGCAAAACUUUUCAAAGAAAUGGAGAAAACAAAAUCUGAAUAUAAUGUAGAAGAUUAUUCAGUACAUCAGACGUCCCUGGAGCAGGUGUUUCUUGGGUUCACGAGGAUGCAGGUGCCCCCUGUGGACAGAAAGAGGGCGUGCCCUUGUUGUUUCUGUUGUAGGUCGAAACCAGCUUCAUAAAGCGAAGGCGUAGGCCUCCCGGGUGACAGAACUUUGAUAUCCAUCUUCUGAUUUAUAUGCAUUUAAGUAUCUAUACUCAAAAAGUGAAAAGAUCUAGAUCUUCAUAUUUUUUUCUUUUUUGGAAAUAUAUAUGAGCUCAUUGUAGAUAGUUGGGAGACAACUCAUGUUUAUAAAUAGUAUAUUAUAAUG